AGUGAAUCGUCGAGUCUCAAACGAUAUGUAAUAUAUACGCUUGAAAAUUGAAUUAAAAUUAAAAACUAUUAAAUUAAAAGUUUACAUUCGACGAGUGUGCACAAAUUAAACGUGGAUACGGUGUUUUUCUUCUUCGCGUGACGCGCGUACUUUUGUGCUUUCGAGUGACGAGAUUUCGCGAUGCAUGAUCGAUUAAUGAUCGAGGGAUGCGAUCGAGGAGGGUGGCAUGGAAAAUGUGGGAAAAGGGGGACGGUUUUCGGAAAGCGGCCGUCACUAUAAAUAGAGGCGCCUCAUGCGUGCGUGCUAUGCUUUUAAACAUAGUUUUGGCAGCGCGAAACGUCAAACCGCCUCGGAGUGGCAAAGCGCGUGGAUCGUUUCGCGAGAUUCAAGCAUUGGCCGGACAUUCUCUGCAAUAUUUGUCCCGAUCCAAACCGACCGUGACAUCUUUCAAAGUAUCCAGGAAUAAAAUGUGACACCGUGUGUGUGAUCGCAAUAAAAAGAAAAGGGGAAAAAAAAAAAAAAAGAAAGAAAACAAAAAAAUUAUCCGUGCCUUUUGUCCAUUCGUCACGAGAGCGAAAUAAGAAGUCUGUCGACAACGUGGAAUCGAAUGAAACGUGUUCAAAUUUCGAUUUGAAGAGACGUUUCGAAAACAAAAAAAAAAAAAGAGAGAAAGAAAAAGAAUAAUUCGAUAAUUGGUUCGAACGUUCGUUGAUAAGAUAUCUAGAGUCUGGUUCUCGUCUCGACGCCGCGUUUUCGACGAUUCCCUUCUUAUUUUUCCAAUUAGGAGGAGGAGGACAAGGACAGGGUGUUUUUUUGGGAAUCCCUGGAGAAAUAAAAUGAAAAGUGUGUUGGAAAAGCACGACAAGGAGAACCAACGGCCGAUGGAUACCUGCCACGGGGACAACGAAAAAGCGCAAGAUGCCAAGGAUGAAGAUGUGAUGUCACCGAGCAGCAAAGGCACGGACGAGACUGUAAACGAUGCGUUGUUGGAGAAGCUCCGAAAUUGCGUGUCCAAGCCACAGGAGGUCGAUACAUUCAGAAACAUCGCAGCUAAGAUACAUGCUCGGGUCACAUCCACAGAUCGACGAUUGCGCGAACGCACGCUGGACAAAUUAUGGCGCAAGAAUUCCGGUGCGAUGGAAAUAUUCAUCGCAACAUUGGAGAAUUGCAAGGAUCACGUGAUAAACUACAGCAUCGCCAGCAUACUACACGAGUGCAUAUCAACCCGUAACGCGAAGGGGAAGACCAAAGGGAACAAGAACAAAAGUGCCACAAUAUCCAGCAGCCGAAUGGCAGUGAUGCAGCUGAUCAAUUUAGGAAUCACGCAAGCUCUAAUUAAACUUUUAGUUAAUCUGCAACACACGGACAGUAUUUCGAGCGAGGCCCUCACGCGAGAGGUGCUUUGGCUUUUGGGUCAGAUAGCCCAAAGGGACCAGAAGUUCGUGUUAAAAAUAAAGAUACUUAAUACCAUUAAAGUGUUCCACACGCUCUUGAAGCAACAUUACAAUAAUAGCAAAACGUUGUUGCCUUUGUUGUUGAUCAUCAAAUGUCUCGCCAGAAAUUCAUUCUCGCUUCAGGUAUUGAUGAAGGACGGUAUAGCAUCCACGUUGGAGAAAACAUUCGUCGGUAUCGGUUACAUGCCUCACCUGAAACUCAAAUCGUUGUUAGAGUGUUUGAAAUAUUUCACAGCGAGCAAAGUUUGUUGCAUGAAAUUCGUGAAGGUUGGUCUGGUACAUCUGUUGAUGAGGAUCUUCGAGAGAUGGGAUCGAUUCGACGGGCCGAUGAGACUGAAGAUUUGCAAUUCCACUUUGAUCACGUUACAGCACUUAUGCGUCAUAAAGGCCGGCAGGAAGGCUAUCAAGUUGAACAAUGGUUUGCAACUACUGUACCGGUUCUGCAACAAUUGCCCGGAGGAUAAGUCAUACGAUUCGUUGCUGUCGCGUAUUUGCGGGAUAAUCAAUCAAUGUCUGGAGAAGAAGGAGCUGCCGGUGCCCGAAAUGUCUCCGGCAAGAUUCGUGCUGCCGAACGAAACGAACAGGCCCAACAGCGUUGAGAGUGGUAGCGACAUCGACAGUCAGCCCUGCAGUGUCGCCUCUCUUGGACGAAUGUACAGCGACCUUGAUUCGGGCGACGAAGAAGAAAGCCAGCAUUCAAGGACGAAUGCGAAAACCAUGAACGCGACCGACGAAGUGGACGAGAGCAAGUUCUUUGCCGGUGUAUUCACGUCUCAAAGAUCGGAGGAGGAGUUGGCCGAAUACAACGUUUUUUUCAAAGAAUUGGACAACCUUGGACAUUAUCAAAUAUGCGGCGGAAGUUUAUCGAUGGAGAUCAUGGACGCGAUCGAUUCGAGGGGGUGUAGCAGAACAAAGCUAAGGGAUUUGUUGAAAGAGGGGAUAUCGAAGACGAGCCAAAUGGCGAACAGCGAGACGACGAUCAAAAUAUUCAAAGAUAUUUCGACUUUGACGGAUCAACAGGCUUAUUGCGUGAUAGCGAGCAGGGUGAAAAGCGUUAUCGGUUUCGUGAAGGUUGCUUACCCGGAUCUGAUCGGUGGCGACGGCCUCGGAAAGGACGAGCCCUUGAACAGCAAGGACAGAAGGGUCUGCCGUUCCAAACUUCUCACCUGCGUGGAGCGUGGCCUCCACGGUAGCCUGUUGACGCCGGAAGUGGUGUACGAUCUCGACGCCAUAACUUCGUCCAGCCAUAAUAACGCGUCGUCCACGGAAGAGCAGAAACUGAUCGACCAUCAUUUGUGCAACUGGGAUGAGAACAGGAUAGGAAAGCGUUCCUUCGACAACAAACACUUGCACUUCGAGUCCAGAUUCGAGAGCGGGAACCUGAGAAAAGUUAUUCAGAUAGGCGUGAGAGAGUACGAUCUGAUCUUGACGCCGGACGUGAACAGCGGUUCCAGGCACCAAUGGUUCUAUUUCGAGGUGUCGAACAUGGAGGCGUUGGCGUAUACGUUUAACAUUAUCAACUGCGAGAAAGCGAAUUCGCAGUUCAAUUUCGGGAUGAAGCCGAUCCUGUUCAGCGUUGCGGAGGCACAGCUGGGCAGGCCAGGUUGGGUGAGAACCGGGGCGGACAUCUGCUAUUAUCGAAAUUGUUAUCAACGGCCGGCCAAGGGGAAGAAUUAUCUCACUACCUCGUUCACCGUCACUUUCCCUCACGCGUACGACGUCUGUUACCUGGCCUACCAUUUCCCUUACACGUACAGCCUGUUGAUGACCAAUAUCUGGAAGUGGAGCAAGAGGGUGCCGCCCAAUACGUAUUUCAGAGCGGAGACCCUUUGCGAGACGUUGAACGGCAAUGACAAUCCUCUGCUCACUAUCACGUCUCUGGAUUCCAAGAGCAAUCCCAUACAGAAUCGCAAGGUGAUAUUUCUGACAUCGAGGGUUCAUCCGGGCGAGAGCAACGCAUCGUGGGUGAUGAACGGUACCUUGGAGGCGUUGCUGGGUAACAAUCCUUACGUGACGAGCUUACGAGACGAUUACAUAUUCAAAAUCGUGCCGAUGUUGAACAUCGAGGGUGUGGUGAACGGUUGUAAUCGAUACGGAUUGACGAACGAAGAUCUGAACAGGCGGUGGAGCAAUCCGAACCAGGUUCUCCAUCCUGUGAUCUAUCACACGAAGGGUCUGAUGGAGUACUGCACGAGGGUGUUGCAAAGGCCUCCCUAUGUUUUCGUCGACUAUCACGGCCAUUCACGGAGGAAGAAUGUGUUUCUGUUCGGUUGCUCAAGGUCGGGUUCUUGGAGUGCCGCGGACAGGGCGAAACCGGACCAGCCGUCUCAGUAUUUGACGUUGCCGUAUCUCAUGCAAAAAAUAUCUCCAGCGUUCGCAUUGCCACUGUGCUCGUUCAAGGUCGAGAGGCACAAGGAGUCCACGGCUAGGGUAGCCAUAUGGCGGCAGUUAGGUGUUUCGAGAAGUUACACGAUGGAGAGCAGUUUCUGCGGAUGCGACCAGGGAUUGCUGGCGGGUAUGCAUCUGGACACGAAACACUUGAAGGCCAUCGGCCAGGAUUUCUGUCAGGCUCUGUCAAUGAUGAAGGAUUAUACCGAGAAUUGGAGUCUUGACAAGAUUUGUGAGCGCAGAUCGUUGGAAGAGGAGUGUUGCCCGCUAAAAUGCAUUUCGCAGAAAUCAAAAACCGUUGCUAAAUGUAUUCAGGAUAAGCCUGCGGCCCUUCAUCUUGCUGCAAUUCCUUAAUGAGUGAUUAAACAAACGAUUUAAGGAUACCUAUGGGAGAAGGUAUUCCCGAGGAGUCAGGAUGCAUGGAAGAUGACAUUUCGUCUAGCUGCGAGUCAGAGGAAUCUGAUUUUGAGACUUAAACAAAUUUUAAUUUAUAGAUUCGACAACGAUAUCGACGAUUCGUAGUUUCUUUAUAAAUAGAUCGGAAGCUUUGUACAGGUUUUUGACUGCGAAAUAAAAAAGAAAAAAAAAAAAAAAA